GCGGAACAUAAGUAUCAACUCAGCUGCCGAUGCCAACUGCCAUCUCGAAAAGGUCAAGCUUCUCCAACAACGCAGAGACAGAUACUGCAGCCACAAUGUCGCCCUCCAACCCCAUCAUCCCUGGCUUCUCGCCCGAUCCGUCCAUCGUCAAGGUUGGCGAGUGGUACUUUCUUGUCAACUCCACUUUUCACAUAUUUCCUGGCAUUCCCGUUUACGCUUCCAAGGACCUUGUGUCGUGGAAGCAUAUCGGAAAUGUUAUCAGUAGACCGGGACAGGUUGCUUUGAAUCGGUCAGACACUGAUGUCAAUCGUAUGCCGGAUGUUGGAGAAGUCAUGCUCGCGACUGGCGGUCUUUUUGCGCCAACGAUUCGUUACAACAAUGGUAUUUUCUACGUUGUCUGCACGAAUGUCGUGAGAGCAGCAGAGGAUACUCGGUAUGCUUUGCGGAACUUCAUCGCUACCACGAAGGAUAUCUGGUCAGGUCAAUGGAACGAUUUGAUCUGGUAUGACUUCGAUGGUAUUGAUCCAAGUAUUCUGUUUGAUGAUGAUGGCAAGACAUAUAUCCAGGGCUCAAAGGCCCCUGGACCUUACACCAAGAUCGCUCAGUUUGAGAUUGACAUCGAGACGGGCAAGAAGCUAUCUGACGAAAGGAUCCUCUGGGAGGGUACAGGAGGCGUUUAUCCCGAGGGGCCGCAUAUGUACAAGCGAAAUGGCUGGUACUGCCUCAUGAUUUCUGAGGGAGGAACACACGAAGACCAUAUGAUCACCAUGGCUCGAUCUCGCGAUGUCUGGGGUCCUUACGAGCCAUGCCCGGAGAACCCCAUUCUGGUCCCGGCAAGCAAAGACAUGUACAUUCGCCAUACUGGCCACUGCGACGUAUUCGAGGAUGAGAACGGUCAGUGGUGGGGAGUUCUUCUCGGAGUACGCAGAGAUGAAGACGGAAGAUACAACAUGGGUCGAGAGUCGCAUCUCACGCCUGCAGAGUGGACCGAUGAUUGGCUCCGCCUUGAAUCUGUCGAGGCUACAAUCGAUACAUCCCGGCUCACGAGUACCAACGCAGUGCAGGGAUUGACAGCAGUGGAGGGCGUAGAUUUCCUGUACAUCCGAGACCCAAUUUUGGAGAACUACAAGAUUGACAGCGGAAGCAAGACGAUCAGUGUAACAUCAUCAUCCGUCGAUCUAUCGCAUCCACAGGAAUCACCCAGCUUUGUGGGUAAGCGACAGCGUCUACACGCAGGCCAAAGCAGCGCAACAUUCAAGAUUAACGCAUCUUCCGCCGAGGCAAAGUUGAAGACAGGUCUGGCAGUUUGCAAAGACGAACACCGCUACUUGCGCGUCUUUUACGACACCGCUCAAAAAGCAGUGAUUUACGAAUUCGUCAACAACGCCAAGGAUCUCAAAAAGACGGAACAGCGCGCACUGGACAAGGAUAUUGACACCAUCCAAUUCCGCUUUGAGUACACAGAGCAGGAAUAUCGGGUAUAUUACACAGCCGGGAAAGACUGGGAGCAUAUUGCCACGCUUGAUACGCUCGAUAUGACUGGACCAGACUUUGUAGGUCCCGUUAUCGGCGUGUUUGCCUUGGCGCAGGAGAGUGUCACGGUUGAAGUCGUCGAUCUGCAGGUUGAGUAGCAAACAUAGAUAAGCACUUUCCAACGCCAAGUCAAUUAAGAUUGAAUUCGGCUCGGCUACGCUCCGAGCUUGUAUAUCCGGUUCCAGCCUAUUGGUGUGAAUUGCAUGCCCCAUCGUGACUCUCUAACACAUGACUCUGAUUACUGUUGG